AUGUCUACACCGACUAAGGUCUCGGGAAAUAUGUCUUUCCCUGCUACUGCCUUGCUCGUAAGUCCCCCAAAAACUAUUGCUCUUCCGAGUGUUGUGCUUUCCCCGCGGUCGCCCAAUGGUUCUAAUGUGGGUCCGCCACUGCCCCUUUCGCCGGACAAAAUGUGCAUGGGCAACAAUCUUUCUGCUCACGAUCAUGUGCGGCCUUCUUCUCGUAACUCCGAUCCCAGUACAGCCCUGAAUUGCCCGGAUCCCUCCCAGUGCGAUACAAAAGUUCUCACCGAUAGUUCUACGUCGUGCUCGGGUCUGGUUACAGUUGAAACAAAACCUGGCUCCGCUGUGUGCGAGAGGACCCGAUCAAAAUUAGCAGCGAAGAAGCAAAUUGAAGCCAGAGCUUCGCCUGUUUUGAAACCUCAAGCUGUGCCACCUGCUUCCCAGAAGAACUCGACGUGUGUUUCCCUGAAACUGCCGUUGGGAUCCCCUCUUGCCACUGAUGAGUGUGCUGACUUGGUCGCAGCCCCUGUGUCAGAAUCUCUUCCGCUUGGAACGUCCACUACAGCUGGGAACCUCCCCCACGUUGUACCCUGUCCAGAGGAGAAGUCGGACAAAGAUGCCUGCCUCGAAGCUCACCCUGCCGCUCCUCAGUGCCCGGAUGAGCUCCCUAACUUUUCUCUGGGUUCGCUUGGUCUGCCUAAUCGCUCAUCUGAGGGUUCUCCCGUCAUGGCCCAAUCUCCUCCAACAACUCUGGAAGACCAGCUGUUUCUGUCCCCAUCUCCUGAAAAACAAGAUGUUCAGGAGGUGGUCACCUUAAGUGACAGUCCGCUGGCCAAGGUCCCUGACCUUCCCUCGGAAUGGACGAAAAUGUUCUUGGGCUUGUUAAGUGGGCCCCCUCCUGCCAAGGCGUUUGCAUCCCUGCCUCCUGUAGCCAAGUCUACUUGUAAAUACUGCGAAUUGGUACUCUCCUCCCCUGUAUCACUCAAAUUGCAUCUUGAGGAGGUACACCCUAUCCGCAGCCCAACGAAAUCGGCUGCUCCAGAAGUGCCCACUAGAUCCAAUCCGGCUAUGAGGUUGUUGCCUCAGUUUGUCUAUCCCCCUGAACUGGCCUCUUCUCCAGCAAAGCCGAAACGCCCUGCAACCUCCACCUCCAACCAGUCGGUCUCCAAAAGCGGGUCUCUCUCGUACGCGGCUGCUACUUCACGGAAACUACCGGCCAACCCUCCUCCAAGGCCAGCAUUCCAGUGUCCGCGCUGCCUUGCCUUUUUCAGCAUGAGGUCGGCCUACGUUCUUCACAAGUGCCCUAAGUCGCCGGCUGCUUCCUCUGCACCGGGAGAUACCUCUUCGCGCUUUUGCUGCGAUUGCAAAAUCCUCUUCGUUAACAAGAAAGCGCUCCGGGAGCACAAUUACAACAUCCACAAUCCAUUGAGGCCCGCCCAGCCUAGUGUCCCUGUUGCGAAAGCUGCUCCCCCAACGCAGCAGCCGAAGACCGCUGAUAGAAGCAACUCCUCUUCCUGCGUGAGGAAUUUGAGUGGUGCUCUCGGAGUGUCUACUCCAUCAACUCCAAACAAAGCAAUUUCAAUCUAA